AUGGGAAUCACAACUGUCGCUUCCAUGAAGAAGAGCCAUGAUGACGACGGCCUUAGGAUUGCCGACGAUGAUGUCUAUGUCGAGGGGAAACCCCGAGAGGGACGUGCAAGUAGGAAUCGCAAGGAUGAAGCUGACUGCUUCUCCCAGCUCAUGCCAGAGGAGCUGAAACAACUCUGCCGCGGCACGUCAGGCCUGGAAGCCGAUCUCAACCCCACUCCAGCUCAGCACCAGACGGGGCUUUCUAUUCUCCUUGUUCCAUAUAUUCUCAUGCGGGUUCCACCUAACCUGCUGCUGAACUAUGUCAACCUCCCGUCGCUGCCCGCAGGCUUCUUCACCACAGCGUGGGGACCUGCUUCUGCUCCGACAUCCCUGUUCACGAAUUAUGGUCAGAUUGUCGCAUGUCUAUUUCUUCUUGCUUUAGCUGGCCCCUUUUUUCCCGGCGCCAUCUCAAAAUGGUACACAAAAAAGGAACUUGCCCUGUACAUGUCCAUCUUCUACUCCGGCUCCCUCAUCUCCGGUGCCUUCGGCAACCUCAUUGCUGCCGGCAUCCUUAAGUGUCUCAACGGCGCCCGCGGACUGGCACCUUGGCAGUGGCUCUACAUUAUUGAGACACCUGGAAACUACUCGCACCAGAGCUCAAACAUGUCGUCGCCAACAGACGCCUUUCCAUUGAAUCCACGGAAAACUACUUCCCCACUCCAACCCUCCCGCUGGGGUACAGCGACACCAUCUGCCCUCUCCUCGGCCGCACCCCCUUACAUCUUCAGAGAAGCUUACAGCCUCAUCCAUUCGCACUUAUCGGACCGUUUUCGGCAACCGCUUCUGCUUCUUCAUCUAUCCCAUCCCUAUAACCAUAGUCGGUUUAAAAUCUUUAUGAAAACAGACAACAACGCCUUUAGUCCGCUCUAUUUCUCCUUUUCCCUUAUGAUGUUCAUCUUCGCUAUGAAAGGCACUUGCUAUUCAUGGGCUGUUGCAUCGGCAAUUCCGCGACCGCCCGCCAAACGCGCAACGGCGUACGCUUUUAUAAAUUCUGCAGGGAACUCGACGUCUAUGUGGACGUCGUUUACGUAUCGUGAGAGAUCAGGACAAGCCGUAUUUCCUCCUGGCACUGGGUGUAAGCAUUGGCCUGUAGGUUCUCGUGGCGGUCAUGGCGUUGUCGAUGAGGGGGUAUUUGAUCUGGAAGAAUAG